AUGCCGAGUUGCAACGUGCUGUUGAUUACUCUUGCCGAGUUCCAAGACAUGAAUGAUUCAAGGUUCACUCUUGAAAACAAUGUACUCAAGGGAAAGGUUGUUCCUUAUCCUCCUUUCGAGUACAACAGUUACGGGGAACUCAUACUAUCAAGGCUGAAAAACAGUCCAAAAUUAGUAGGACAGAUUGAUGGUACUACUGGCGAAGAAUACACCUACGACCAGAUGCGGGACAGAAGCGUGAGAUGUGCUCUGUGGAUGAAGGCUCACGGUUUGCUCCCAGGAGACGUUGUUGUUGUUUGUGACAACCAACAUCUGGAUGUCGCGCUGCCGUGUUUCGCAGCCCUCUACGUUGGAGCCAUCUUCAACCCCUUAUACGUCGGGAUGACCAAACGGGACUUUUGUCAUAUGAUGAAAACGAAUGUGCCAAAAAUGGCAUUCGUCAACGAAGAAUUAGCUGCCACCUGUGCUGCGGCAGCCGAAGAAAUUAAUCUUGACCUAAAAAUCGUAGUUUUUGGUCGAGUUCCCGGGUUCUUUGAGUUUGAAAAAAUAAUCACCGAGCAAGAAGUCGAAGAGGUCGAAAACUACAAAUGCACACCGGUCAAAAGUUCUCAUGAUACUGCCGUAAUCCUGUGCACUUCCGGAACUUCAGGCUUGCCGAAAGGUGUUGCACUAUCGCACAUAGCUUUGCUGAAGGUGCAAGCCCGACCUGCACUACCCGUACUGCAAGCCGAUAAAUCUUUCAUCGUCGCACCUCCAGCGUGGGUCACUGGAACAUUCGCGAUGCUUCUUACUGUAUGCGCAAAUGCAACUAGACUUCUGCUACCACCCUUCGAUGAGUAUACAGCAUGCGCGCUCAUCGAGAAACUUAAAAUACACUCAGCUUUCCUGCCCGUCUACACGAUGAACAGAUUGGUAAAAUCGGACGCAGUCAACAAAUACGAUCUGUCCAGCCUCAAAAAUGUUACAAGCAGUGGAUCGAUUGUAUCAGUUGCUGUUCGGGAAGCCUUUGUCAAGGCGAUACCCAGCGCCACGAUCACCGUUGGUUAUGGUAUGACGGAAGUCGGUGGUGUGAUCAUACGUCAAUCGCCUGGCUCAAAAUUUGGAUCAUCCGGUCACGUGUUAGAGGAUAGCCAGCUCAAAGUAGUCGACCCAUCCACCGGCCAAGUACAGGGACCCAAUAAAGAAGGUGAACUAUGGUUGAAGAGUAGCACUAUGAUGAACGGUUACUACAACAAUCCACAAGCAACUGCCAAAGCGAUGGACGAGGAGGGAUGGAUGCACUCAGGAGAUCUUGGCUACUAUGACGAGGAUGGUGAGAUUUUUGUGGUGGACAGAUUGAAGGAACUGAUCAAGUAUCGAGGUUAUCACAUAUCUCCAGCUGACAUCGAGGAUGUGCUUUUGCCUCAUCCUGGAGUCAAGGAGGUUGCGGUCAUCGGCUUGCCUCACCCUCUGGACGAUGAGCAUCCUGUUGCUUUUGUAGUCAGAGCAGAGUCUUCUGUGACCGAUGAAAAGGUUACCGAACAGCAAUUGAUUGACUUAGUGGCCACGGAAAUGGGUGACUUUAGUCAGCUGCGCGGCGGAGUCAAGUUCGUCGAUAGUCUACCAAAAACAGAGUCCUACAAAACUCUACGCAGAUAUCUACGUGAUUUGGCAACAUCUAUGGCAGCUUCGUAAAAGCAUCAAAAUAGCAAUUUUAUUUAUCUAUGCGUCGCUGAUUAUUCGAAAUUAAAUAUUUAACAUCUCAAGAUGUUAAAUUGAAUAAAAGCUGAAAUUUUUACGUAUAUUGACGUUUGCGACGUUUGUACGAAUGGUGGAAAUGAAAUAAACAUCAGGAAUACCUUGAUCUACAUCAAGUACAAUAAUAGUACCGCCGUUGAUAAGUAACCAACGCUGGGAUUAUUCGCCCCUUCAUCU